GUGCAUUGAGAAUACCCUGUAUCAGAUGAAGAUGAAGAGGCUCAAAUUUUAUGGAAACAUCAGGUUUAUUGGAGAACUUUUCAAAUUGGGGAUGUUGACUGAAAAUAUUAUGCAUGAUUGCAUCUACCGUCUGCUUAAAGCAUGUGAUGAUGAUUCCUUAGUAUCUCUGUGUAUUCUUCUUACUACUGUUGGGCAAUUACUUGACACAGACAAAGCUAAGACACGGAUGGGCCAGUAUUUUGCACAGAUGUCCAAAAUCGCAGAGGAGCGAAAAUCAAAAGUUAAAUUCCUUCUUAAAGAUGCCAUAGAUUUAAGAAAAAACAACUGGAUUCAACAUCAUACAUGCGAAUCAGACUCAUUAAAAAUUGAUGUGAAUCAUAAAGUUUUUAAAAAAGAACAGUUUAAAAAGCAAGUGAUGCAAUCACAACUACCGCCAAGAAAUGACAAAUUUCAAUCAAACAUCAGACAUGAAAGUAGACGCCUACCUAAAGAUCUGCCUCGUGAUGAAGUUGAAAUCAUAGCAAAAAUGAUUUUUAAGGAAUUCCUAGGAACUGGAGAUUUAGAUAAGGCAAAAACAAGCGUGAAAGAAUUGGAAGGCCAAACUUACCUUGAAGUGUUGGUUAGUUCUUGUAUAAAUGAUGUUCUUGAAAAGUCAAAGAAAGAGCGUGAUAUAACAGGACAGUUUUUCCAUGAAAUGGUUAAAAAUAACCUCAUACCCUGUGUUGCAUAUUUCAAAGGCUUGUCUGAAAUUUUGCAAUUUGCUGAAGACAUGGUGAUAGAUAUUCCAAUGAUUUGGACUUAUUUGGCUCAGUUAAUAGUCCCUGUUCUAAUUGGUGGUUCAGUGCCUUGGUCUGACCUGAUACAAGUACUUCAAACUAGCCUUGAAAAAAGUUGCUGCUUAAAACUUUUGACAGAAAUUUUAUUACAUGCCAAAAUUAUUACUAGCGAAGCUGAUGUGGCUAGAAUGUGGCAGAGCAGCAACCUUGAAUGGUCUCAAUUUGUAGAUCCGCCCAAUGUAACCAAAUUUCUUGAAGACAAAGAGCUACAAAUCACAAUAUCCCCUGUGAAUGAAAGUCAGUUGACUGCUCCAACAUCUUUAGGGGAAUAGUUGCAAAGACAUGUGCUUUAAGUUUCCAAACAGUGAAUAUAAUAAACCACUACUAUGUUUACAGAUUAUAUUUAUAAAUACAUACAUGCACACACACACACACACACACACAUAUGUGUAUAUAUAUAUUACAUAUAUAAUAUAUGUAUGUAUAUACACAUACACAUAUAUAUAAAAACACAUACACAUAUGAUUUUAAUCCCUUACACAUUACAUUAGUAGGGUGAUAAAUAGUAUAAUCAUUAAUGAAGGAGGGAGGGGUAUCCUCUAGAAAAUGAUUUUUUAUUAAAACUUAUUUAUCUAGUUAUGAUUCUAAUUGUGCAAGCUGCUUUUUUUUAGGGGAUGGCAUGGUUGGGUGGUUACUUGAAUGCUAAUCAGAAAGUAAUGAGUUUGGAUCUCCUAUUCCAGUCUGUACUUGACUUACCUAGUCCUCUUUGCUCCUUAUGGAAUAUAGGGCCUCCGGCAUUUCCUUCCAUUUUGUCCUAUACCAGGCUAUUAAUUUUGCAAUUUUCUGUUGGCUUCAGUUCUUCAAAAAGACUCCGCCUCCAGGUCUGUCUUGGGUGCCCUCUCUUCUGCUUUCUCCGGGGAUUCCACUCAAGCGCCUGGCAUGUCACAUUUGCGUGAGCCUUUUGAAGCAUGUCCCCACCCAGUGCCACUUCCUCCUUCUUAUUUGCAGUGUCAUGGGCUCCUGCCUUGUCUUUCUCAAUUCCAGACUGUAGGGUGUCCCUUAUUCCACCCAGAUCUGAUGGGUACCUGACUCAUUUUAGGAAAAGUCAAGGCAACUGGGCAUAGUGCUGACCCGAUUAUCCCUUCAAAUGCUGAGGUCACAGAAAUAGGUGAAACCUGCUUCAUCAGUGCCAUAAAUUGCCAAGCUCAAUAGUCUACCUACUUUUUAUUUAAUCAUUUGCUUUCAUAUGAUGACUAAGAAUUGUUAAUCAAUCACUUUCUUACCUCUUUGUGUAGCUGAUCAUUUGUUUAGAUGAAAGGGGUGACUAACACUCAUAAUGUGUUGCCAAUCAAUACUAAACUAAAGCCCAAGGUAAAAAACUGUAAAUUAACAUCAGUCUCUAGAAACAACUGGUUCAUUUUUAUUUCUUCAGUUUCAAAGUUAUUGGUCUGGUCCCAAUAUACAUGACUGAUCCAAUGAUCACUGUCUUCCUUUUUAUUUAACCAAAGCUUAGUAAGCUAAACUGUUAUUUUUGUGAAAUUGUAUCCAUAUUGAACUUGCAUUUAUCCUCUAAUACAAUUGCUAUUUUAAUUAUUUUAAUAGCA